AUGGACGCGUCGCAUCCUGACCAUGCCAUGACAAUACGAGACAAGGAGCCAGCAGUGCCCCACAACAAUCUCCUCCUGCCUCUUGAAUUACUCCAACACAUCCUACAUUUCCUCGUCUUGGAUUCAACCAACUACCCAUACAAGGAUCCGCAACUAGAUCUAUAUUCCGUACUACAAACAUGUCGAUUCUGGUGUCUGGCUGCCACUCCACUGCUCUACAGGGCUCCAAACUUUACAACAUUACGAGCGUUUGAUAAAUUCGUGAAUUGUAUACAGGCUGCCGUGAAUAGUGCCAAUACGACUGAUGGUACCAACAAUAUGAAUGCUCAAUGUAUGAGAUCUUUCUCUCUACACGCAUCAACGCCGAAACUACCUCUCUUUAUUCGCAACUACCACAUCAUAUCCAUUGCAGAGUCAAGGCCCAUGUUGACCACCAUAAACUUGUCAAACUGUCGAAAUUUGACUGACGAGGCCAUCAUCGCCAUAGUCACGGCUACUUGCACGACACUAGUCUCUCUCUCAUUGGACGGGUGUUGUCAACUACGCGAUACAGCUGUAUCUGUUGUUGCUUCAUUCUGCAGUCCAUGGAACAAACUCUCAUCCCUCUCACUCCGUGACUGCCCAUUCAUAUCAAACACUGGCGUCCUCUUCAUAAACCGCUUCCUCAGAUCAUCACUACGACACCUAGAUAUAUCAGGCUGUAAACGAAUAUCAGAUACCGCCGUAUUGUCUCUCUUCGAAACCACCCUGGAUGACGAUAACGAAAAAGUCGUCGAGGAUGUCGUGUUACCAGUGUUGAAAUUACAGUCGUUUAAAUGUAUUCGAGUGCCUAAAUUGACGAGGGCUGCUUUUUUGACUAUUAUGGAUGGAGUUAGUGCGUUGGGUGUUGAUGACUUGGAGAUUUCUGUGCCUGCUCCUCCAAAGGGUUCACCAAACUGGCACUUCUUUGCCUUCCCAACCACAUCUCUUGCCAACAUUACUAGAUUAAACUUGGCAAAGUUGAAAUACCUUGACGAUUCCAAGAUUUUGCAAUUAUCGGAUUAUGCUCAUAAAUGGGUUGAAUUGUCCUUGACUGAAUUGUGCUGUGCUUCGGAUACAGUCAUGGUGUUGAUUGCACAUGCUUCCAGAUUGAAGGUGCUGAGGUUGAGUGGGGAUGCUAUUACUGAUGAUGUGAUUCAGAAUCUUGGAAUUUCACGUUGUCCUGGAUUAUUGAAUUCUUUGGACUUGUCCGAAUGUGAAAACGUAUCAGACGCCGCAUUCGAAACCUGGUUUAAAAACACCACCAACCAAUGCAACCAACACCCUAAAUGCCCAAACCUUACAACCAUAAACCUGGCACAAUGCACCAAAAUCACAUCCACAACGAUAUCGCUCUUCAUCACCCACUGUCUCCCAUCCAGUCUUACAAAACUCAACAUCACAGCAACAGCGGCCGCCACCUCCUUCUGCAAGCACACAUUGGAUUUAGCAUCCCAAUUCCCAUCCGAGUUUUGUAAAUUACGUGGUAUCAAGAAUUUUAAAGAAAUGACGUAUGGGAUGCAUGAGAGAGCGUGUUUGGGACUUGUGCCUGAUGUGUGUGGGGCGAAUGGGUUUGAGGUUGUACUUGGUCGAGAUGAAAUGACUUGUAUACGAUGUUUGAAUGAUAGGGUUGAUGAUGGUACUGAAGACGAAGGUGGAGAGCGCUAG